CUCUCAUCAUGGAUUCCGAUGAAGAUUCAUUUGAAAUGGAUUCUGGUAAUGUGUCAUCCGGUGAUGAUGGCGAUGAUGAUUUUGUUAUGGAUGUCAUGGAUGAUAUACCACCAUCGCAUGAACGACAAGCUGAAUCCGAUGAUUAUCAUUAUGAAGUUUUGACCACAGAGGAAAUUGUUCAACAUCAACGGGAGAUAAUCGAUGAAGUUAAGGGGGUAAUAAAGCUACAACCAACUGUCACACGAAUCCUUCUAAAUCAUUUUAAAUGGGACAAAGAAAAAUUGUUAGAGAAAUAUUUUGAUGGUAAUACCGAUGAAUUUUUCCGUGGUGCACAUGUCAUAAAUCCAUUUAAUAAACCUGCCAAUGCCAAUAAACAAAAGAAUUCAAAAGCCAAUACAGCUGAAGAAUGUGAAAUUUGCUUUUCACAAUUACCCUCAGAUUCCAUGGCCGGCUUAGAAUGUGGCCAUCGUUUCUGCCUAAACUGCUGGCGUGAAUAUCUAACAACGAAAAUCGUUACCGAAGGCCUUGGCCAAUCAAUUUCAUGUGCCGCCCACGGCUGUGAUAUAUUGGUGGAUGAUGUUACAGUUAUGAAACUUGUACACGAUGGUCGUGUCCGUGUCAAAUAUCAACAACUGAUCACCAAUAGUUUUGUCGAAUGCAAUCAAUUGUUACGCUGGUGUCCGUCCAUUGAUUGCACCUAUGCAAUUAAGGUAUCCUAUGUGGAAUCACGACCGGUCCGCUGCAAAUGUGGCCACAAAUUUUGUUUUGUUUGUGGUGAAAAUUGGCAUGAUCCCGUCAAGUGUCGUUGGCUAAAGAAAUGGAUUAAAAAAUGUGAUGAUGAUUCGGAGACAAGUAAUUGGAUAGCGGCCAACACCAAAGAGUGUCCCCGGUGCAAUGUGACAAUUGAAAAGGACGGCGGCUGCAAUCACAUGGUGUGCAAAAAUCAAAAUUGUAAACAUGAUUUUUGUUGGGUAUGUUUGGGUUCGUGGGAGCCGCACGGUUCGGCAUGGUACAAUUGCAAUCGUUACGAUGAAGAUGAAGCCAAAGCAGCACGUGAUGCUCAAGAGAAAUUUAGAUCAUCAUUAGCAAGAUAUUUACAUUACUAUAAUCGUUAUAUGAAUCAUAUGCAAUCUUUGAAAUUUGAAAAUAAGUUGUAUGCCUCUGUCAAACAUAAAAUGGAAGAAAUGCAACAGCACAAUAUGUCAUGGAUUGAAGUGCAAUUUUUGAAAAAGGCCGUUGAUAUCUUAUGCCAAUGUCGUCAAACUCUAAUGUAUACGUAUGUUUUUGCGUAUUAUUUAAAGAAGAACAAUCAAUCAAUGAUAUUCGAAGAUAAUCAAAAGGAUUUAGAAUCGGCGACAGAAACAUUAUCGGAAUAUUUGGAACGUGAUAUAACAUCAGAGAAUUUAGCUGAUAUCAAACAAAAAGUUCAAGAUAAAUAUAGAUAUUGCGAGAAGAGAUGUACAGUACUUUUAGAUCAUGUGCAUGAAGGCUACGAAAAGGAUUGGUGGGAAUAUUUGGAAUGACGAGAUAUU